AUGGUAUCUUUUCUUAAGGAUCCACGGGGUCGUUUUCCAUUACGAGUCGUGGAGACAAUUGGAGCUGCGUGGAGUAUGUUCAAAGACUCAAGUGAGUCAUCUGAUGAUGAGUUGGAAGAUGACAUGACGCGUGAAGAGAUGCUGACACGAGUUCUCGAUCUGGCAUUGCGGAAACGACGUGGUCAAAGUCGACGUAAGAGGAGCAGUAAUCUUCGAAAAGAUAUCCUCCAGACUCGCCUUAUUCGCUUUCUUUCUUGUGAUAUCAAGAAGAUCCUUAUGAUCAGAGAGAAGCGACGCUCCCUUGCUCAAGGGUACCUCAAGGGCUUGUAA